AUGAGUGAUCAGGCCCGUCAAGAGCAGUUUCGCCAGCAAACUGAGAGGCUCGAAGAGGUGUGUGGGUUUCGUGUCCCCCAUUUUUCCCAGUAUUUUACCUUCCUUUUCCAGUGGCUGGGACAUGAAGUCUGGGAUAUGAAAAAUCCGUACUUAUCAAAUACUCUUCUACUCAGUUUCGUCGACGCAACCAAGAACAACAGAAUGAGCAAUUUGAUUUCUCUGGAGGACAUGGCUCUGGCGGCAGUACCAUGA